AUGGGAGGCUUCAGCAUCCUCCUCCGCUCCUCCGCCCUCACCUGCGGCCGCCCGCUCUCAGCCCCGCCGGGCGCGGAUGCUCGGUGCCGCGGGCGGCGUGCGCUGUGCGCACUGCGGGGCCGUGGACAUCCCCUGGCCGCGCUGCCCGGGCCCCCUAGCUGGCCGCUGAUGGGCAGCCUGCCCGACGUGCUGUGGAAGGGGGGGCUCAAGAGGCAGCACGAGACGCUGGCUGAGUAUCACAGGAGGUUUGGGAAGAUCUUCCGCAUGAAGCUGGGGGCUUUCGACUCGGUUCACAUCGGAGCCCCCUGCCUGCUGGAAUCUCUGUACCGCCGGGAGAGCGCCUGUCCGCAGCGCCUGGAGAUCAAACCCUGGAAAGCCUAUCGGGACUAUCGCGACGAGGGCUACGGGCUGCUGAUCCUGGAAGGAAAGGACUGGCAGAGGGUGAGGAGCGCCUUUCAGAAGAAACUGAUGAAACCCAAGGAGGUGGUGAAACUGGACAACACAAUCAAUGAGGUGCUGGAUGACUUCAUGUAUAGAAUAGAUGCUAUUUGUAACCCCAGAGGACAAAUGGAAGAUGUAUAUUCAGAAUUCAACAAAUGGUCAUUUGAAAGUAUCUGCCUGGUGCUGUAUGGAAAGAGGUUUGGUCUCCUACAGCAGGAUGUAGAAGAAGAAAGCUUGAAUUUCAUCAAGGCUGUUAAAACGAUGAUGGCUACUUUCGGAAUGAUGAUGGUGACACCCGUGGAACUUCACAAGGGUCUGAACACAAAAGUCUGGCAAGCUCACACUAAAGCAUGGGAUGAUAUAUUCAAAACAGCCAAGCACUCCAUUGACACUCGGCUGGAAAAGCACUCUGCAAACCCUCAGGAGGAUUUCCUGUGUGAUAUCUACUCUGGAGGGCAGCUUUCCAAGAAGGAGCUGUAUGCCACCAUUGCAGAGCUCCAGAUUGCCGGAGUUGAAACGACAGCCAAUAGUUUGCUGUGGGCUUUGUACAACCUUUCACGCAAUCCACGCGUUCAGCAGAAACUUCUUCAGGAAAUACAAAGUGUUUUGGCUGCCAAUGAGAGCCCAACUGCUGAGAGCAUUAAGAAAAUGCCCUACCUAAAAGCAUGCCUGAAGGAAUCUAUGAGAUUAACACCAUCUGUGCCAUUUACCACUCGCACUAUCGACACAGAGAUGGUUCUAGGAGACUAUGUACUACCUGAAGGGACAGUGCUAAUGAUAAAUAGCCAUGCCUUGGGCUGCAAUGAAGAAUACUUCAAUGGCUGGGCUCAGUUUAAGCCAGAGCGCUGGCUGCAGAAGCACUCAAUAAAUCCCUUUUCCCAUGUCCCAUUUGGCAUCGGGAAGCGGAUGUGCGUCGGCCGUCGCUUAGCAGAGCUGCAGCUCCACUUGGCCCUGUGCUGGAUCAUUCGCAAGUACCAAAUUGCAGCAACCGACGACAAUCCGGUAGAAACUCUGCAUUCAGGAAUCCUGAUCCCCAGCCGGGAGCUGCCCAUCGCGUUCCACAGGCGCUAAGCCUGCAACCUGACAAGUGACAGUCCUACUGCUGCCCUUCCCGAAGAAAUUCACAGCCCAGGAAAGCCAAAACCUGUGGUAACCCGUGGAGAAACUGCA